UUGACAGUGAGCGACCGUGCGCGUGAGUGUCAUCGCGAGACCAACAUUAUAUUUAUUUACUGUGUUCGAUUGUGUGUUUUGUGUUGUGUUAUUUGUGUCAAUAGUUCCCGGAUUUAUCAAUGGAUGCUAUUGAAGCAUAAUUUUCUCAAUAAAUGACGUGAGAGAACGCAUCGUACGGUGAUGAAGAUUGAAACAUCCAACACAAAAUGGACACGAAAAGCAAUCAAAGACGAAGAACGGAAUGGAGGUUCACGGAAAGAAUACUAUUAGUCUCAUUGUAUAUAAUUUGUUUAAGUGUCAAAUGCAACUCUCAGACUCACAAAGAUUCGAGUCAUGCUGAAAGUGUAACCAAAACUAAUUUAGAUAGUACCUUAGAAUCUAAUGCCUGCCAUAGCUGCUCUAAUAGUCAAAUGCAUGUAGAUGUAAAUAAAGUAAAUGAUAAAGACGAACCAGAAAGUGUAAUGGGUAAUUUAAUAGAUUCUUUAAGUACGUUUUGCGAGAAAUACGUGUUUGUGAAUAAUACAGAACGACAGCUGAGCGAAGUUUUGGAAAAUGCAAUAGACGAUGCAUUGACAAAGGACAGAUAUGUAAUAUUUGAUGGAGUUGAAAUUAAGUCGCUAAAUGUAAGCAAAUCAAGCGAUAAAAAAGAAGAUGCAGAGGCGAGAGCACUGUUCAGUUCAUAUACAUAUGAAUACAGAUUAUUCAAGAAGGUGAAAGAUUUUAUAGAUACCCACAUUCUGUCCAUCAAUUUACCGAAAGCAGCAAGGGUGAUAGGAUUCAGAUCGUUCGGCUUGAAGAAAUUCUUCCUUCCACUCCUAAUAGGCAUGCAAGUUUUCAAGAGCAUCCUUCUGGCGAUGUUUUUGCCCAGUAUAUUGGGCAGCUUCGGGAAAAUUCUGGGAAAAGGUAUAUCUCAUAUCUCGGCAGCUUCAAGUCAGGCUAGUUACCCACCAGCCAAUACAGAUGAAUCUGCUUACAAUAACGAUAAUAAAGACUUCAUGGGAUACGAAACCAACCAAGCAGGGACGUUCGCCUUCGCACAGGAUUACGGGAAUGUGGACCCUAAUGAAGCUAACGAUUUGUCUAAUAUUGACAUGUCGAGAUUCGGCGCAGGUGGACAGAAAGUGACUUAUCUUCCAUCCAAAAACAGUUACUAUAAGAAUCAAAUGACAAAUAACUAUAAGAACUUCCAGAAAAUUCCAGCAUCAUCUAUGAUCCUGAGUAAUUACGAUCCGUUUUACUCGCCACUACUCUCUCGUUUGGACGGGAUCUUCUCGAGUCUUGGUCUAGCCCCAACAGAAAGUACCACAGAAUCCCAACAGAUUGGAGGCCAGACCCUCAGCGAUGUGAAACUAGAAUCUUGUAGAGAACAACUUAUAUGCUUGAUGUACGCUAAUCCGGCGAAAUAUGCGCCGUAUAGUAACCUCGUCUCUGCACAGUUGAGCAGAGAACUAAACGAACUUCGUCGCCCGGUAUCCGACAAUCCCGAAAUACUUCGUUUCUUUAGGUACAUGAGAGCCGCUAGACGUGGCCAAGAGGGUGUUGACUGUAUACAGGCCAACCCAGCUUGUACUGUCAAUACCCCCACACAUACUAUGAUCGCUGCUUACCAUGAUAUUAAUAAACUUGUGUCCGCUAGGAAAAUACAUUAAAAAAGUCUAAAAAAUUUUGAGGUUACAUUGUAUUUCUAUUUCCAGAAAUGUUAAAAAUAAUCGUUAUUUUAAGCAUUUCUGAAAAUAAAAAACUAACACUGAAUUGUCUUUAUAGAAAUGUAAUAUAAUUUUAUGGUGGAUAGGGUAUGUUGAUGAAAUACAAUUUCUAAGUAUUUCCAAAAAUGUUGAAAAUUUGUUUGUUGAGUGUUUUGAAAAAUGUUGAAAUAGUGAGAUUCAAAUUUGGAACUGGAAAUAUUUAGAAAUUUCGUUGAAUUGUAUAAAUGGUAAUUAAAUAUAAACUUUGGUAGUUUUUAAAACAGAUUAAGUCCGACUUUAUUGUUUUAUUUCGGCGAUUAUAUUGCGUAUUACUUAUGUGAAGAAAAUGUACCGCUCAAUUCGAUUGACUUUUACCAAUGUAAUAGGUAUGUUAUUUAUAAUAAUUUUUAAAAUAUUUAAAAUGAAAAUAGUAUAACCUAAACAUUUAAGUAUAGAUUAAGUUAUUUUAUUGUAAAAUACCAUUCCAAAAACAAUGGAGAUUCCUCUUCAAUUCGUUGCAUUUUUUAUAUGUUAAGAAUCUCUGUUUUUGCUCAAUAUACAAUAUCUCAUACAAUAUGUUAUCAAAUAUUUGAUAUCCCUUCAAGAUAACGGGAUUUUACCUAAUGGGCCCUCUUCACAAUGGCCAAAGUUGGGCCAGUAGAGUUAAUCACGAUGGUGUAGAGUGCCUUAAUGUCUAUGAUCGGCCGUCAUCUAUCUAUAUAUGUAUAUAAAAAUGAAGUACGAGGAUGGUUCUUAUGUAGGGAAAACGUAAAUAUGUACCACGGGCGAAGCCGAGGCGGACCGCUAGUAGAAGAUAUUUCUUCAAAAUCGCCGUAAUGGCGGCAAACAUCGACGAUCAUUUGUUGGGCCAACGCUGCCCAUUGUGAAGAGGUCGUUCUAAAAUAUAAACUAAGUAAGAUAUGAGGAAGUUUCACAGCUCUCCAGAGUAAUCCCUCUUUACUCAAGUUUCUUUGUAUAUUCAACAACUACAUCUUGUAUUCACAAGUUUGCAAGAAGGUC